GUGAGCUCCACAUGUUAUCAUGGAGCAGCAGCAAGCCUAUCCGACUCCGGUGCUGCGGCCUCCGGUGUUUAAUACUCCACUAGAUCCUGGUCAAACGGGACCCUGGUACCCCAACACCGGGCUGUGGUCACCAGCAGCGCCACCCGGACCCUGGCAUGGAGGGUGGAAUCAGUGGGGGGCUCAGCAUGGAUACCAGCAGGGCCCUCAGGGGCAGCACUACGGGGGGCUUUGGCACCAUGGGCAGCAUGCGCAGGAAGGAGCCAGUUGUCAUGGCAACAGUGAAUACAAGAGAAAGAGAAAAGAGCCUGUCUACUUGCAUUACUGUGACACCUGUGAUCGAGGCUUUAAGAACCAGGAGAAGUAUGAUGAACACGUUUCCCAACAUGUGAAGUGCCAGGAAGCAGACUGCCAUUUCAGAGCCCACGAGAAGCUGGUACAGUUUCACUGGAGGAAUAUGCAUGGACCUGGUUCCAAGAGAAUAAAACUGGACACGCCUGAGGAAAUCAAUAAAUGGAGAGAAGAGAGACGGAAAAACUACCCAACUCUGCAAAACAUUGCGAAGAAGACUCGGCUCCAAAAAGAAAAGGAGGAUCGAGGAGAUGUGCUGAAAACGGCACAGUUUGGUAAGAUGAAGGGAAUGAGGAAUGGUCCAGCGGGUGCCAGGGAUAAAAUGUCUUGGAAAAAUCACCGACGUGCAAGGAAGAUGAGAAAAGAAUUAAAUGAAUCUGCAAAACAGGGAGGGCCAGCCAAACCAGACAUAAAAUCGGUAGAGCCUUCCAAGGAACCACUGACCAGUCAGAGUAAUAAGCGGACUGUGAACCCACUAGACAUGCUUGCUGGCAGUGACCCAGAAUCUGACAGUGGUGGAGAGCCAGCGCCCACUGGCUUGACUGUCAUACCAAAGCAGGUAACCUCUGGCCUCAGCAGACUUAUGUCCAGCUAUGGGAGUGCAUCUGACAGUGAGCCUGAGGAGCUGCCAAUUAAGAAGGUAACCAUGGCCUUAGAAGAAAAUAGGCAGAUAUUGGAAGCACUUGAGCAGAGUAUGGACGCCAAGCCUGUAAAUGGGAAAGCUGAGAACGCUUCGAAUGUGGCAAACACAGACUCCUGCAAUACUGCUUUGCAUCCAAAAAUUCUUCAUAAUAAAGUCCAUCCCAAAAAAGGCCAUAAUAAUUCAAAGAAACUGGUUAGCGCAAGGAGUCGGCCUACGCUGCUGGAAAUGUUGCUGGCCCGUGACAUAAGACGUGAAAGGAACAUCAUUUUACAGUGCGUUAGAUACGUUGUCCAGAAUAACUUUUUUGACUGCCCAUCGAACAGCAAGCUUCAGGUCACCAGUGAGUCUUCACCAGCAAAACCCCAAAAUGUGAUUGAAGAAACAGAAUCUGAAGUGAUAAGCAAGCAGACGAGUGGGCCGGCGGAGCAGACGAGUGGGCCGGCGGAGCAGACGAGUGGGCCGGCGGAGCAGACGAGUGGGCCGGCGGAGCAGACUGCCCCUGUGACAAGUUACUACUUUAGGCAGCUAGAACCUGUGGAUGAUGAGAUCUGGGAGACCAAUGCUAGCUGUGUUGAAACAUUUGGCGUUUAAAAUGUUUCUUGAAUGAAGAAAGAACUAUUUAUUUCCUACGUUUUUUGUUAUAAUGCAAUACUGCACUUGUUUAAAGCGGACCGUCAGGCUCUCCUCACUUGUCAGGCUAGGUUGACAUCUGUGUUGAAGCCUUUCCCCUUUUAGACAGGAAAAAUAGUCCUAUAUGCAGCCCCAAUUUUCCGCUUCGGAAGGAUACAGCCCUGUUUUUUUUGUUUUUUUUCUCCCCAUUGACAAUGAACUCUGUGGUGCACAUGUGAAUGGAAGCUAACAAUCUUUACUUACAGCGACGUUACUCCUUCUAGAAAUGUAUGACUACCGGUAAUUUGGGUCUGUUUUCCUUGUGAGCAGUGUUUGCCCCUGUCCCCUCUGACACUGCCCAGUCACUGCAGAAUAGUUUCUGGUGCUGCAUCGUAGCUAAAAUGUAAAUUGUAAGAUUAUAGUUUAUUACUUUGUAUAAACUUUAUAGUGUAUAUAGCAGCCUAGGAAGAUAUGAACAGGUCGGUCAGAGGUAAAUGGUGGAUACCUGAGCACACAUGGAUCAUGGUAUCUAUAGCACCUCCUGCUGGCAUUGUGCAGCUAUUACCAUGUCCUGGGUGUUAAUACAAGUUGUGUACAGUUUGCCUAUAGCCCUCUAAACUGUUUCUCUAGAGUGAAGCGCAUCAGGUGUAGCAGCCUUUUCUGUACGCUGUCUGAGGUUUUCACUUCAGCCUGCUUUUAGGCAGGCCCUUAUAUCGAUCAUAAUAGUGUGAAAUAAUUGUACUGAUAUGUUUUAGUUAACCUUUUUGGUUAAUAAAGACUCUCACUGAA